AUGGUUCUUCGCUUGUCGUUACUGGUAUCUGUUCUAGUCUGUGUAGGUGCCACGUUUCCUGAGAGGAUAUGGGAAUCGUGCGUCACAAACCAAACCAAGAUACGGGCCAAUACAGCACUGCAGCAGAAAUCUAUCGCCGUAUCGUCUGAGCGAUUCUGUGUGGCUUUGACCAUAGUGAACGACUGGGCUGACCUGCUGUGCUACGACGGUGGAACGUGCAACCUGUGGGGGUUUGAUGCUCUCUCGGUGGGGGAGACUGAAGUAAAUAAAACUGGCGCCUGCAAGAUGACGGCUUUUCUAAAACGAUGCGUUAACCCAUCGCAGCCGACAGCUCGACGGCUCUUUGUGGGCGAAGGAAGUUUCGAGAAGACCUGCAGCAACGGGUACAAAUAUACCUGCUAUGAUGAUGGCGUCGUUAGGCUUAAUGACACUGCUCGAGUGAAGAUGACCGCGUGUGGCGAACACGGGUUCAUCUCGACUUCGCUAGGCUGCCUGCUGAUCGUGACGACGCGUUUGACAUACUCGGCUGCUCGUCAGAACUGCAUGGACUUCGGCGCCGAUCUUUUCUACCCCAACGCUGCACAGGACGUCACACAACUGAGCUCGAUCCUUGCUGCUUACGCCUCGUCGGGAGACUUCUGGUUCGGCGCAACGAAAUUCACAGGUUCGUUUACGUGGCUCAGUGGACGAAAGGUGGAGUCGAUAGAAAUAUCUGGCUUCUCUGCCGGCUCGUUGGAGCUCUUCGGAAAAGGGAAAGCAGAUAACCAUUACAAGCUUUCCGAUGACGAUUGUGAAGCAACUCUGGCGUCAUUGUGCCUUGCCACGACAUUUUAGGAUUUACAACGUUUGAAACAAUUCGGACGCAAGGAAUGGAAGUGCAUUGAUGGUUACAACUAAAGUAGGUGGAAUUAAUUCAUAACAAUGAAUUCGGUAUGAAUGAAUAGGACCACAAUCCGUCCUGACACAUGGACCAGAAACCGUUCCGACAAUUCAGACCAGAAGCUGUUUCGACACUUCAGACCUGAAAUCGUUCCGACACUACAGACCAGAAACCGUGCCGGUACUUCAGGGUCAGAAGCUGUUCCGACACUUCAGACCAGAAACCUUUUCGACACUUCAGACCAGAAACCUUUUCGACACUUCAGACCAGAAACCGUUCCGACAUUUCAAACCAGCACCCGUUCCAACACUUCAAACCAGAAACCGUGCUGGCACUUAAGACCAGAAACCUUUUCGACACUUUAGACCAGAAGCUGUUUCGACACUUCAGACCAGAAAUCGAUCCGAUACUUCAGACCAGAAACCGUUUCGACACUUCAGACCUGAAACCGUUCCUACACUUCAGACCAGAAACCGUGCCGACACUUCAGACCAGAAACCGUGCCGACACUUCAGACCAGAAACUGUUCCUACACUUCAGACCAGAAAC